AUGGAAUUGACUGAUUUACCUUACGAUUGUCUAUCGUGUAUAUUUGCUUGUAUUCCUGAUCUUAAACAACUUUUGGACAAGUCAACAGUCGAGAGAGAAAAUUAUUCAUCGUAUGUCCCUUUUUCGUCUGACAAUCACAUCUACACGGAUGAUGUUGAUUUAAUGGAGAGAGUUGAUGUCUCUCAGUUAUUACCGAACCUCAAGGUGAGACUAUUACUUAAGGAUAAGAAACAAAAUGACUCAUCAAUCUAUUUCCAAUUUAAACUUUUCCAGUUUUUAUCCUUGAGUCCUGUUCAUGGUGACAAAUGUACUGGUAAAAUGGUGGUCAAUAUUUUGUCAUCAGCAGCGAACCCGCUGGUUGGACUCAUGUGUGAAACUACAUGUGGUUGUUGUAAUCUUAAUAUCCCUUCUCUUGUAAAUUGGUGCCUUCAAGUUAAUGUCGAUGAGAUUGUUAAACACUGUGGAAGCCUAGAGUAUAUGACUAUAUUGGAACAAUUUUUUCGAGACAUUUAUUUCUUCAAAUAUAAAUUUGGACAAAAUUUGAAAUACUUUGACGGUUAUAUCAGAGAGUACGAAGUUGAAUGUUUAGAUGAAUAUGAAUGUGAAGACGAAGAUAAAGUUAAAGAUAAAGAAGAUGAAGAUUAUUAUCGAUCCAUGCUCGACAUAAAACUGCUGUGUCGCUGCUUGAAGAAAACGCCAAAUCUUGAAGUUCUGCUUCUUGGAAAACCACAAAUUGAACCUCGUCUUUGGCCUUUACCAAAAACGAAACUGAAGCUGAAAGAGAUCAGAUUUGACGAUAUAUCCUCAAGUUCGCCAGUCUUCCAGUUCUUGCCUUUAUUUCCUGAUUUACGGAGUAUCGAGUUGAAUAUUCAGCUAGUUAGGGAUGAAGAUGAAGGAUUUUCCUGAUUCGCAUACUCACCUGAAUGUUCAAGAUGUAGUUCUAAAGACAGACAAAUAUGUGUUCAGCUCACCCGGCAGAUUUUUGAAUUUAAUUAAAAGAAUUAUGGUCAAGUUCCCUAAUUGUAAAAACUUUUUCGUUCAUAUCUCACAAGAACUUUCUAUAACUAAUGAGGAUUUGAUCGAGAUAAUCAAAAUUGUGCCCAAUUUAACUCUAUUAGUCUUGGAUAUAAAGAAUUGGGGAGAUGCAAAUACUAAUGAGAAACUCAAUGAAUUCUGUCAAUCAACUGGUCGAAGAAUCAAUUUUAUUUUACGUGUCGAUGGUCAAACAAGUGAUCAAACCAGGGCUUGCUCACACACAUAUACACGAUACGCAUUGAACGAAGAUGUUGCGAGUCCUUUAAAGAUCGAUAAUGAAUUCUUACAAAAGUUUGUUUAUUGAAAUUCUUAUUCAUCAAGCUCAAAUUUGUAAUCAUUUCAACUUUUGUACUCAGCAUAUCAAAUGAAAAGUCAAGUGCUUUUUAUUAUUCGUUAGAAGAUUUCAAAAUAAAGUUACAGUGAAAAU